GGCUUUCUUACCAACCCACUAUUCAUUAAUUCUUAAUAAAUAAAUUUCAAAAUUCCAAAUUUACCCUUACACUUCAAAAGUACUACACUUAUCUUCUUCUUUCCUUACUACACUCUCAAAUUUUUUACUUCACUGAAACAACAUGAUGCAACCGACACGAGUUACACGCGCUCUCGCGUUUUUCUUCUUCUUCGCCGCGGUUUGUUUCCCGCCGGUGUUAUCUUCCGACGAAGUCCAGUCGUUCCGUGAAGCGCCAGCAUUCCGAAACGGUAGGGAAUGUCCGCCGCCUGUAACGUCAUCCGUCAUCCACAUUGCCAUGACUCUCGAUGCUACCUACCUCCGCGGCUCCAUUGCCGGAGUCUUCUCUGUCCUGCAACACGCUUCGUGUCCAGAGAAUGUAGUGUUCCAUUUCGUUACAACCACGCACCGCCGCCGGCAAGAGCUCCGCCGCAUCAUCAUUUCAACGUUUCCGUAUCUGAAGUUCCACAUCUAUCACUUCGAUUCAAAUCUCGUCAGAGGAAAGAUCUCGUACUCGAUUCGCCGCGCGCUUGAUCAGCCGCUCAAUUACGCGAGGAUGUACCUCGCCGAUCUAGUUCCGGCGAGUGCUCAGCGAAUCAUUUACUUCGAUUCUGACCUAAUUGUAGUUGAUGACGUGGCGAAACUGUGGAGGAUCGAUUUAGGAGAUCACGUUCUUGGCGCGCCGGAGUAUUGUCACGCUAAUUUCACUAACUACUUCACGCAUCGGUUCUGGUCGAAUCCGGCUUAUGCGUCGUCGUUUAAGGGACGUGGUGCGUGUUACUUUAACACUGGUGUGAUGGUGAUUGAUCUGUGGAAAUGGCGUGAGGGAAGAUACACGGAGAAGCUUGAGAACUGGAUGCGGAUCCAGAAACGGAGCCGGAUCUACGAGCUCGGUUCUCUUCCGCCGUUUCUUCUGGUGUUCGCUGGAAAUGUUGAGAGAGUGGAGCAUAGAUGGAACCAGCAUGGCCUCGGUGGAGAUAACGUUGAAGGACUCUGCCGCGAUCUGCAUCCUGGUCCGGUGAGUCUUCUGCAUUGGAGUGGGAAGGGGAAACCCUGGCUUAGGAUUGAUUCUAAGAAGCCUUGUCCGUUGGAUAGUUUGUGGGCUCCUUAUGAUCUGUUUCGCCAUUCUCCUUCGCCGUUCAGUGAUUCCUAAUUAGGGUUUGAGGAAGAAUGAAAAACUGCUAGGGUUCUUGCAGAAAUGCUCGCGCUCGUUCGUCUAAAGGGAUAAUGAAACGACUGUAUAUAAUGGAUUUGAAUUGAAUGCUGUACAUAAACCUCAAUGAUGAUCUGCACGGCAAUGGAGGAAGUUGUGUCACAAAAACAAAAAACGGGAUGCUUUAUGAGGGUGAUAACCAAGUGAAAGAGAUUGAAAAGUUAUUCACAGGGAUUGAAUGCUGGUAUUUUUUUGGGUAAGAAUUUAGGUUAGGCAUUUUGAUGUCUGGUUCCUGUUCUACUUUACCAUGGCUAUUGGUACAAUUUUAGUGUUUUGGAUUUAUGAUUUACUUGGUUGGAAUUGAGAAGGUGAUAAUUUCAUCAUAUUUUGUCUCCAUGGCUACGAUUGAUCCUUCCUGAAUUUGUUUAUCCAUUCGCAAGUAAUUCCAUGUGACAUAACGUGCUGCACCUUUUGUAUUUGGUUUACUGAAUGCUUAUUCUGCCAUCUCUGAGUUUCAGAAUUUAGUGAAGCUUUUUUAUUUUUCAUUAUUGUUUUGAUUAGAGCCUGUUUGUUCUUAAAUAAUGUGAACUUAUGGAUCAUAAUUCAUAUAGAAGAGAAUUGCAGUAGUGAAAAGAUGAUAGUUUCACCAACUGAAGUUGAGCUGUAAAAACCUGUUUUGGAAGAGAAAAAUAUGAUUUCAUGAGGAUUAUCUUAAGGUAGUCACAGAUUGUGGCUUUUAAAUCUUCAUGCUCACCAAAGCAUCCAAAUGCUUCUCCCCCAUACCUCAAAACAGGUAUUUGACAGUAUAAUAUAGGGCAUUUUUAGUGCUGAUCAAUGGGUUAUUUGCAAUGAGUAUCCGACAGAGACUAUAAUAUAUGACAAAAAAAAUUGGAAAACAAUAUAUACAAGGAUUGAUGAGCUUGAUUGCAGGUAUUAAUAAUUGGGCGAGCAGGAAUAAUCAACUACUCCAUAUAUGAAAAAAUGAAAAUUUGUGGAAUAAAAGAAAAGUGUAGAUCCUUUCAAACCUUACUUGGAUUGGAUAUAUGAUAGUUAGUUGGUUAUAACAUGGAACAGACCAAUUAUUAUUGAGCUUCAAAUGUGAAGAGAACACAGAAUCAGUGUAGGCCAACCAUGAUGUUGUUGGUUGCAUGUAAAACAUAAGGUAUAUCAUAUAAAUCUAUUAUUUUUCAGAUUGAAAAAGGUUCAGAUGGAUACACAUUUGAAGCUUGUAUAACAUAAAGUAUAUCAUAACUUUAAUUAGAGAUCGACGAACUAGAAGGACGUCUGAAGGUUUUAAUCUAUAUAGUUGAUCAUGAAAGAGAUUAAUCUAUAUAGUUGAUCAUGAAAGAGAUUGAAAUGAAACAGGAAGUGAUGAUUGUGAAACACAAAUCAAGUAUAAGUGAUGAUUGUGAAACACAAAUCAAGAAUUUGAGCUUCAAAAGUGCAAGAUGGAAGAACAAUCAAGAGUAAUAUUUUGUUGUCCUAUAUUUAUGUUUAAGGACAGCCUUAGAUGUAAUACAUGCAGCCAAUUAAGUUAUUCUUUGCAAUAAGUAAUUUAGGCCUGUUUAUCUACCAAGUGCUCUCAUUUUGGAGAAAAGAAACUUGAGGUGAGCACUGCUAAUCCAUUUUAAAAGGAUAACUGCUAAACCAUUUCUAAAGGUAUGCCAAAAUAGAUUCAAACUUAAUUGUGAGGCAGCAGCACUGGAGUCUGCCAAACAACACUUAAAGUGAUAAAACAAAAUUUUUGAUUCAAAAUGGCACCCUUUCAGUACUAUUGGGGUUGAAGGAUAGGGACAUCAUGUAUCUUUUCACUUUUGCAUCAACUAACUCUGUUUUGGUUUUGAAAUAGCUGUGAAACAUGUGUAUUCCAUUAUGCACUGGAAAUUUUUAAUUUAUUUUUUUUUGAAAAUUAAACAUCGCUUUGGCAAGACCAACUCCAAUCCAACUGGGACGAGAUCUGUGAUUGUGCUCACAGGGUACACUAAGUCAGUAAGAGUCCUGUGAUUGUGCUCACAGGGUACACUAAGUCAGUAAGAGUCGCAAAGGUCUUUAAUAACUGAUUAUGCAUGUUAUAACCAAGUUGCAGAUAUGGUAUUUUGAACUAACCUGAGAAGAUUCCACCGUUGCUUCGCCGUUCCCAGCCUUCGCAUCAUCUUCUCCGUUCGUCUUGUCUUCACCCAUGGCAAGAGUAAUGAAACCUAACUUCUUACGGGGUGAAACUGAAAGGUUUCUAAACAUGUAAGUAGAAUUAUAUUACACAAUGUUAUUUUAUAAACUCAAUUGCCACCUGGACCAGUUAGUACAAUACACAGUCAGCUUAAAAUAAUACACAGUCAGCAUUCUUGGUAAAAGGGUGUGGUGAAAAGGGUUUACUUGUUUUACAAGGGUGCGUUAAUAAAAAAAAAUAACUUCAGGGGGGGCAAUAUCAAAUCUCGCCCUAAUGGUAGGGGGAUCGUACAAUUAACCCUAAAAAAAAUUAAGACAUACAUAUCUUAGAUAAGGACUAGUUCUGUUUGAUCACUAGAGACAGAUAGAUAUACAUACUAUUUCUUUGAUGGAAAAAUCAAAUUGUUC